CAGCUGCUCUGCGAAUGCCCUCCUGCUCUUAUCCUCUUUACUGCUCUGAUCCAUUGAUUCCUUGGGUCUUAUCAUGAUCACGGUAUUAAAAGUGAAUGAAUCUUUGCCCAAACUUUUCCAAAUUUUGCAAAUGCUAGACAUUAAAUUUGAAUAUGACGAGUCCCAUGUCCGCGGCAACAGCUCGAUAUUCCGACCGAGUCGGAGUCAAUUACUAAAUUUUCCUGGCCGUCGUGGUACACCGUAACAAACACUACCAAUAACAAUAUGAUCGAACACGCAACACAAGAAGAUUUCCGAAGUCCUGCUGCUCCCGCUGACACGGGCGCGUCACCCCGUAGCUCUCCAUCCCGAAGUUCGAAUCAUGGUGUAGCAGACUUUCCGCGGAGUCCAGACAGUAAGAAACGCUUUGCAUCGGCAUGCCAAUUCUGGGAGAGACGCUCUUCACCAACUCCAGUAGAGCAAUCUUCUGCGGAAGGUGGCUCUUUAUCGAACACAUCUUCGAACAAAGGAGCGCUGUUUUUGGAAGGGCUAGAGGACGAUGCGAUAAUUGUCACGCGAAGAGGAGGAGCAGAAGGCAGAGCUGAAGCAGAAUCUUGGCAUAGAAAAACUCGGACGACAAGAACAUCCUGCAGUCUCGAGCAACGUGCUUCUGGACUCGAGGAGUUACGAACAUUUGCGGAGAGACUUGGCUGGGGCAAAGGAUUCACGUUGGAAAGACUCGAGAAUGAUGUCAGGAGUGUUGAUGAACUACGCUCUAGUGAAAUCGGCAGCACUUCCGCUGCAGACGACGCUAUUGCCGUGCCGACUCUGCUCAUUCACUUGUUGCUUCUUUCACGUCUUUAUCGAGAGAGGGGGAAAAUGCUGACUACAUCUGGAACCACCCACGAGCACAACAAGACAAGAAAAGACUUCUAUCUUCCGUCCCCAGAGAAUCUUUCGCUCUCUAGUGCGUUCUCAAACCUGGAUUGGCGACAACACUGGACGAGAGACGAUCCUCUGUCGUCGCUGCUAGCAACGUUUGCAGGAAGCAGUGGCGGGGACAGAAGCGUCGAUGUUUUGAUGCGUGAGUUGAUCCUGCCGGCUCUACCACGUGUGCGCGAGAUGCUGCAGGAGGAUUGUUAUACACCUUCUGCGAGCAACGCCAACGAAAAUAGUGACAAGAACAUCAAGCUAGAAGCAAGUGAUCGUGAUGUUUUGCCAUGUUCCCAGACCAUGUUGUUGCCACUGGAGAAGGCGCCGUCUGACCUCGACGCAACCCUCAUAACAACACGACCGCGUCCGGCAGCGGCUUUUUACUACGACGAGCCGGGGAUUGGGAGUAAUGCUGAAGAUGGAAUACCCCAAUCGUCCGAACCAGAGGAUCUAUCAGAAACUACACUCAACUUCACACGACUAACAUCAAUGUCCUCAUCGAAGGACGGUCCACCACUGGAUGCAGACUCGGACCCAGUACAACCAGUAGUAGAUCUUCCAUCAGACUCACUGAUGCUCUCAAGUGCUCUCCGGUUUCCAGAGUUGCCGCUUCCUCCUCUAGAUUCGGAAGAGGAGAGCGUCAUGUCAAAUAGGUUGAAGGCUUUGAUCUCACCAGUCAGGCCGCUUGAUAGUAGACUAAGAGCAGGUGCUCACUUAAGGGUAGGUUAAAGGUGCUUUUCUUACCGCUUUUUAUGCCUCUCUUAAUGUGGGAGAAAGGCAUAACAAGCGGGGUAAGCGAGCACCAAAAGCCUACCUCUAACUCACGCUCCAACAUUCAGCACGACUGCACCUCUCUUGUCACCCGCAACUAUGAACCUGUACUACUACGGAGAAGACAACGACGGUAGGAACGACUUGUCUUCUGGUGCAAGUGCUGCGAGUAGUACUAGAGACUUCCACACAGCUGGUAGCCAGCAUAGAGCAAGUAAUGCAGCCGUUAAUUUCGCAGUUCCCAGAGCGUGGUCGACCACCAGCAGUACUAGAAACUUUUACACGACUAGCAGUAGUAGAACCACUGAACAACUACAACAAGCUCAAGCUGCGCAGCUUGAAAGGAGAUCUUCACAGAAUAAAAGCGUUUUGGUUUGUUCCGUGGAUUCCACGUUGCAAAGCGGUGCGAAACCUUUUCCUCUCUAUGACUAUUUGUCUAACAGCAGUGGGGGUGAACACCUCCAUAAAGAACAAGAGCAAAAAGUAGAACGAGUAGACAGUGGGAGAAGUAGUAGUAGUAGAGACGGCAAGGCGGGUUCAUCUACGAGGAGUACAACUCAAGAACCUCCACAAUCAGCAACUAUGGCUAUGCAAUCCGAGCGUGACACACCCCGACCAGAACCUUUGCCUCCACGCUUUCCCAGAUUGUCAGCGUUGGCUGACGAAUUCACGCAUCCGCACGACGAUGAUGCGCAUGACUUCGAAGUCGAGAAGCUACUCGAACGAGUGAGUCCUCCACCACCAGAUGUUCUUGCCCCGCCACCACCUGGGUUCGGGAAGAGAACUGGUGGUUCGUCCUCGUCAUCUUUAGUUGUGAAGAAACAGAUUGGAACAUCGAAUGUUGAGGACAUCAAAAAUUUCAUUGACGCCUCUUCUAGUAAUAAAAGUUUUCACAAGGGAGUCUCGUCAGUUGUAGUACUGGAUCGCAUUCGCCAGCAUGGUCGUAGCCCGAACAGGCCUACAACGUCACGAUGGUUGCAGCGAGAUAGUAUGGCAACGAUGGGUGCUGGUACAGCGACGCCUGGAGGUGUGUCUUCUACUCUUAAUGAUCUGAAUACCAUCAUCUCUGGUGCAUCCUUGAGCACCGCUGUCGCCACAACAAGAACAGCAGCAGAGGAGACCGCAACAGAAGCAUCGACUAGUACACUAGACUCUUUUAUUCCGACCACGUCUUUUGUGCCUCCUGCUUCGACCACUACAUCUCCGAAUGCCGCGAGACGUGCCAGUGCUUCUACACGGUGGAGUUCUCAGAUUGGCUCUAUAUUACAACAAGGAAUCGGAAUGACACGACCUGUAGGAAGUUCUGGCAGCACUCCAAAGCAAGAAGAGGAAGUCGCAAGUUCUAGUUGUACUCCACCCAAGCAGGUGAAAGUCGAAGAUGCCACUGCGACUACAAUUAAGGCUACCGCUGAACCAUCCUCAACGUCAUGCUUGGCCCAUUUUUCAAGGAGAAAACGGGACCACGGAGGUUCUCGGGGAUGCGAGCGCGGUAGCUCUACUACAAAGCAAGAGGAAGUCGCAAGUUCUAGUAGUACUCCACCCAAGCAGGUGAAAGUCGAAGAUGCCACUGCGACUACAACGACACCGGUGGAAUUAUUAAGGCUCAACCUUCAUUGGUCAUUGGGGUUGGUCACUGAGAUCGAAGAGGGCCCACCCUUGGAGAACAGGGGAAAACAAGUAGAGGGGUACUAUGGGGCCCUUCCCGUUCAGAAUCAGUGGCCACUGAGAGUCGACCUUCUCCAAAGGACGAAGUAGCACCACAAGACCAAGAGCCCGUCCGCCGAUGGCACACGCGGCAUGCUAGAGGCGCGAAUAAAGAUCCUGACUGCUCUGACCGCGAAAAUUCUUCCUCGAAUCCACCUGAAGAAACAGACUCUUCGAAGGUCGUGAUACACAAAGCUGAGGCUGCAGUCCAAAACCUGUUGGACAAGUACACUGGCUACUUCGUUGAAAAAACAGGAGAAGCUCUUGUCUUGGAGGAGAGAGAGGACAAGCAGAUGCCGAGUGGUGAAGCGGAUGUGGAGGUAGGCGCAGAAAGCGGCGACGACGAGGACGACGGCGCUCGUGAAACAAGAAAAGAAGAUGGAGAGAUGCACGUUAAAAGUGAAGAAGAACGAAAAGGACUACGCGAAAAUAUAGAAGAAGUGGAAGACCAGAUGCAGAAGUCCUCUGGAGAUAAACAGCAAGAGCAAGACAUGGCUGAGCAGGAGCUGAAGCACUCUGGCGCUGACUCAAUAAAUGGUGAAGAUCGGCAUCGCGAACAACAACCAGAAUCGGCCAACAAUAGCAUCACCCAAGAAGUUUAUCAAGACGAAAGACAUGAAGAUGCGAAUCAUGCGUCGGCACCCCAACAAGACGAAGACCAAGACGUACGUGUGGACCUAGAAGAUGCAUCACAAACACCAGCAGCCUCUACUAACCUUUUUUCAGGUUUUGAAAAGCACGACGAUCACGAAGAACCACAAACGCCACCAGAGCCCGAGAUCGAGGCAGGCAUAGAUCAUCUCCAAGUACACAGGACCCAUAGUGGUGUAGAUGAGUCGACGGAGAGCGUGGGAGUAGAUAUUCAGAAGAUGACGCUAGAUCAAAAUGAGAAAGUUUCCAUUUUAGUUGUUACAGGGGGCUCAGGCACCUCUACUCUCGAACAACACACUCCUGCUCCUGUCGGAGUGUCCACCUCUACACCUGCAGUGCCAGUAGGUCAACAAGAACCAAUAAACCCUGAAGACUGUACAGUUGUGCCUCCACCACUACCUCGAUGCCUCCCUGAACGAAAUACGCACAAUUUUGGCACUUCUGUAAACAUCCCUGACGAAUUCCAAGCUGUGGAGUUGCAAAUCGUAGAUUCUGAUAACAACAGUGACAGAACUUUGGACCUCUCAUCGUCUCUAGUUGAGUCGUCUGCUUCCUCAAAAGGCACAUCAAGAACGUCUUCUUCUGCCUAUCAUGCCAUUGACUCUGAUAACAGCGAACGAGCCGUAGCAGCUGCAGCAUGCUGUACUAGUUCUAUGUUGUGUGGUUCUUCAAAAGGCGAACACGUUGAGCGCGAAAGUCGCGGUAGCCAGCAGCGUGGAAGCACGACAACCAAGUCCAACUCUAAGACUAGGAGCAGGAAGAGAAAAGUCCCGGCGGCACCUCCUGCAACAAGAAAUGCGUCAGUCGUACGAGUAGAUCAAGGAGAAAGGAAACGGCCGAGACCAGAUCACAACAAAAUUCAAGAUAGCCUUGCAGCAGAAGAGCCCAGACGCCGUGGUCCGCAACCCUCAGCUGUGACUGUAGACACUGAUACUCCAGCCGAGGAACCAGAUGAAAAAACUCAUCCCAAAGCCAAGCCGUCUAGUGCAAGCAAAGCAACAUCGUCUGUCCUCUCUCCUCCAGCAAGAAAAAUGAAACCAAUGACCGACACAUCUACAUCCACCAGUAACAAGAAAGUAGUGGUCGCUAACGUUACGGAACCAGAGAAAAACGCAAGAGCUUCUUCAUCAUCAUCUGCGGCCGCACCUCCCGCCGCACUUGUCCUUACGGAAAAGCGACGCGUGGUUGGUGCGAAAUCUCUCACUAGUGGCAGUGAAGGAGAGGCAGUGCCGCCACCGCUUUACAGCAGUGUCGCGAGCCCUAUAACAACGUCAGGGAACAAUGAGGGUGCUGAGGUACUUGGCGAGUCUGAAACGCCUCUACCUCUCCAACUACAAGCUCAACUCCCGCAAAAGCAAGCACAGUUGUCACCGGCAGAGUAUCAACAAGCAACUGAUCAAGAUCUGACUGCUUCGUCUUUAUCUCCAGUCCCUCGUCCUAUCACCACCAUCAAAACUGUGGGUACUUCAAAGACAACGACUAUCCAUCAACGAGUAGCUGACACUUCAGUCACAUCUUCUUCCUACAGUAAGACAACUUCUGGCAUAACAACCAAGAUGGACCUCCUUUUCGCAAAGAAUUGUGCUGCUGGACAGAAUAGGCUAACGCGCAUUCGCGAAAGGGCAGAACGGGGUGUAGUUCAGCGUGGGGAAGAGCUUCGAGGACGCAUGAGUCCACUCAACGGUCGGUCGCUCACUCCAAAGCACGCUAGUAGAGCACUUAGAGGACACCUUGCUCCUGAAGAAACAUCAACAUCAUCGUCUUCUUCUUCUGAAGCUCCUGUGGACAACAAGAGUGGAGACGGCAGAAAUGAUGAAGAAACGAAUGUUUCCUUCACUUCUUCCAAAAAGCAAAACACGACGAAUCACGCUCAGGCAAAGGCAGAGACAAAGAAGGGGAGUAGAGGACCUAAUACAAGCACACUCCAGACCACGACCACUUCAUCCAUCUCUCCUGUUCUCCAGAAGAAAGCCCGCCUUUCUCCAGUCGUGUUACCUGCUGCGUUACCCCUCACGAAGAACCUGACCAAGUCUCCAAGUGUCCCUAACACAGCGACAGCCUUGGUGCCAUCCCCGGGCACAGCCGCACCACGUCCGCGACCCCCUCAAUCUCCAACACCGAUUACAACUGCUUCAUCAUCUAGUGGGAUGGCACCUGCACCACCACCACCAGUUGUACCUGUAGUACCUAGUAGAAGUGCCACUCCUACUAGUACAACAUCCUCCUUCGAACGUCGAGACAAACUACGUGCCGCUCGGGAAGAACGGUACAAACAGAGGAUGGAGAACUUUCGUAGUCGGAGCAAACAGGCACUGCAGACGUUGCAAGAGACUGUAGAAAGGAACGCAAGUACAAGUCCACCCGCAUCUCCACCUCUAGCUCUAGAGUCGCGGAUUGCAGGACAAUCACGGAUUGCAGCUAGAGGUGCCAAGGAUUCUAAGGCCUCAGUGUCGCCAUCAGGUCGUCGAGGGGUGAGAAACAAGUUAUUGACAAAUGGAACGGCUGGAUUCAAGGUUGAUGAUUGAGUCUCAAGGGCUGUCUUUUUCAAGAAAAAA